GGAGUCGUCCAGACGGGACAGGUCUGGCCCGAGUGACUCUGGCGUCGCCGGGGCAUUUCAGGCAGUAUCGCCCAACCUUGAGGGAGCGGGGGUGCCCAUGACUCAGACGCCAGCGAGGAGUGAGCUGGUGUGGCCUCAGCCUGUCGAUCCGACCAAGGCGCCGUUCGUGCUUAAGGACGGCGAGGAGGGGGCGCGCUGGGGCUCGCUCAGGAUGCAAGGACAGUCGGUGCAGCAUCGUCUCACCUCCGCGGCGGCCGAGCUGAACAAGGCCCUGGGGGAGCUCAGUGGUAUUCCUGAUAUGAUUCAGGAUUUGGAAGCGCUGUCGAACCGAAAGUCGCAGUUCCUCCGAGUGGAACACGCUCGGCAGUGGGGAGAAGAGUCCGCUUCGCUUCGCCUGGGCGAGCUUAAGCGAGAGCUCGUGGCUACCGGGGCCGCGGAGCGGCACGCGGGCGAACGGGCAUCUGCUGCUGAGCGCGAGCUGAACGGGGCGUGAUCGGCCCUAGUGGUGGCGUAGUCUACUUAUUAGUCGGAGGAGGCGGCACGCCAGCAAGCCAAGCAGCAGACUGCGUCAUUGGCCAGCAAUGUUGUCGUGCUCCAGGACCAGCUGCGCCUGGCGACGGAGCGAGCGGAGCAGAGGCAGCGAGAGCUUGAUGGCGAGCGGACCUCCCACUCUGAGCUAAAGAAGGGGGUCGGUUUUCUGAAGGGGCAACUGGGCCAGUCGGAGGAGAACAAUCAAGGUUACCCUGGUCUUUGUAGGCUUGUUUUGUUCUUCCCCUGCUUCUGCCGUUUGCUAAUUGUGUUUUGUUUUCUUGGAUAGCUUUGACCUCGAGUCUGGAGAAGGCUUAGCUGGCGCUUUGCAACAACACGGAAAGGCUGACAAAGCUCUUCCAGCAGCGUAAUGCUCUUAGGAGGAGCUGGGUCAGCUCCGUGGUGUGGCGCGGCGUGUGCUGGGCAUAGUGUUCGGGGAUGAUCCUGGCACUGACAGCGCGCACAUCGCCGUCACAAUUGCCAGCAGACUGGAGGAGGUGCCAGAGGAGAUGAUGGCACCUGUGGGCGAGGGCGUGUACCACAGCGCUACGGGAGUUCUGACGGCCGUAGUGUCAAUGUGUCAUACUACCCCGAUCUGGACUUCAAGAAGAUUAGCGGUGGCUACGUGCCUGGGCUUCCCCAAAGCGACUCCUGGAGCUUAGGUGAGCGGUGGAGCCAGCGGUGGUGGCCGCCGCCGAGGGGAUCACGGCUUCAUGGGUGCUGAGAGAGCCGCAGCCUUGGGGGCCACGGACCCGCACGGGGCCCAACCGGACGUUGCUUCAUCGUCGACUCACGCGGCUCCUCCGACUGACGUCGACGCCGUGGAUCCAGCAAUAGCUCCUGCGUCCCCGACCCAGCGAGUUGCCAACGCGACCGGGGAUCGGUAGGAAGGAUAAAAUGUAGUUAGUUUUCGGUUUCUGGAACAAUUGUGCGGGUGGCCUUGCGGCCCUCAAGUAAACAAAACGUGUUUGGUU